GAUCAACAGCCUAAAAAAGCCAAGAGAAAAACUAGCCUUUGCCAUAUCUUAUUGUAAAAAAGACAGAACACAUGCCGCAAGCCCUUUUGUGCCAGCGGUCUAGCCAUGCCACUGCUGCCUCGCCUCCACAGCGCCUUACAAGCAGCUGAGUCAUGUGCUGUGCUCGACUAUUGGACCGCUAUUACACAACAAGCUGCCACAGCAAACUCUAAUAGAGAUAAAGCAUCAGUGUUCCUACAAAAAACAGUCAACAGCCUCAUUCACAUAAGGUUUUAUCAUUCUCGACAAAUAUCUGAAGCAAAAGUAAAGUAUGAGAGUUGCCACAUUCGAUCAUCAAUGAAUUUUUUCCAAAAAGAGCUAAAGUGGAUUCUGCCAAAGCAAUUAUUUGACAUUCCAAAGAUAUCGGUAUGGAGAAGAUCACGCAAUUGAGAUUCUCUCGUUCUAAAACGAGAUUCGAUUCUUACUAUGUAGCUAUGAGCAGUGCAGGGAUUCCUAAAAAUGCUUUCGCUUACGGAACCCGUUGAGCCGUUGGAUUAUGAAGAAUUUCUCACACAACACAUGAACAUAUUGAAUAGGGACCCACUGAAGCAUAUACUUGAUUUUCCACCUACUGAUGUGGCUGUUAAAAUCAUUCCGCGUAAGAUACGCACCAUCGAACAUGUUGUGCCAAAGGAAAAUAUCGCCGAACUACCACUGUAUGUGCAGGAAUGCGUGAAUUGUUAUACACGUCCAUGGAAAGUAGUCGAAUACGCACAGCGUCACUACUCCAGUUCCUGUUGUUCACGCGAGCGCAUCGACCGUGGCACCAUCAGUCCAUCUGCCUAUCAGCAAGAGUUUGAGAUCGACAAAGAAUUCACCUCUUUCGAUGAGAACCUAACAGACAAAAGCGAUAGUUGCACACCCAGUUCACGACAAUCAAUCGCCAGUUUGUCGUCAGUUAGUUCAUGCACAGAUACAUUGACGCCGCGCGGCUCUUGGGCUAGUUUUGAUUUGCGACGUUCAGUAAAUGAUCCACUAAUACCAAAUUUAUUAGAUGAUGUGCCACCGGAACAAAUUGAUCAAACGAAUGAGUCUCGUCGACAAGAAGAUCGACAGGAAGCACUCUUUUCACUUUAUCCUGAAGCUGAUCCAGAGGAUGUUAUCGAACGACGUUUACCAGCUGAAAUACCCAUGGAACAUUUGGGUCAUCGCAUACUGGUGAAAUGUUUGCAGUUACGACUGGAAUUAGAAGUGGAACCAAUUUUCGCCACAAUGGCAAUCUACGAUGCGAAAGAGCGUAAAAAGAUAUCUGAAAAUUUCUACUUUGAUAUGAAUUCAGAUAAUUUGAAACGUAUGCUCAGCACACAUGUGCGUUGCGCAGACGCAAGUACACAAAGUCGUGCAGGCAUUUUUGAGAUAACAUAUCCGAGUAGCGACAUAUUUCUAGUCAUACGUUUGGAAAAAGUAUUACAGGGUGAUAUCAAAGAUUCAGUGGAACCGUAUUUAAAAGACGACAAAGAUAAAUAUCGCGAGAAAGCCAAAUCGAAUGCUGCUGAUUUCUGUGAGCGUUUGGGUAAAUAUCGUAUGCCAUUCGCAUGGACUGGUAUUUACUUGAAUAGCAUAUUUAAUGGUGAGAAUGUGGAAAAUAAAGAUGCUGUUGCUGCUAAUGCAGAGAAAGACACCACAAUUGGUGGUAAUUUAACGUCAGCCGUGAGCUCUAACAGUUUAGAUCGCAAAGCAUCCACUAGUAGUUUUGAUCAACUACGCCGUAAAGCGAACGAUAUGAGCGGCACAUUAACGCGCCGGGGUUCGCUAGAACGCAAAGAGAAGCGGCGAUCCUGGUCACUGGAUGACUUCGCAAAUGUCAUUGAAACUUUCCGACCCAUAACGAUCACAGUAUCUAGUUUCUUCAAACAAGAAUCGGAUAAAAUGAAGGACGAAGACCUCUACAAAUUUUUAGCCGAGUUGAAACGUCCCAGUAAUGCAAUGAAAAAAUAUAAAUGCAUACCCGGUUCAAUAAAACUGGAAAUUUUACCUUGUCCCGAAGAGGUGAAAAACGCUUUAACACCCGAAUUAGCCAAAGUCGAUCCUUAUCCCGAAGAUAAAACGCGUCCAAUCAAGGAAAUAUUGGAAUUUCCUUCCACCGCUAUCUAUAAUCCACAUUACACAUACCGCAAUUUGCUCUUCGUCUCACCAAAAGAGUUGAAUUUCUCCUCACGCGCCGGUUCGGCACGCAACAUCGCUGUACGCGUACAAUUGAUGGCCGGUGAAACACAAAUGGAUGCAGUAAAUGCCAUUUAUGGCAAAUCUUCAUGUCCAGAAUAUGCCAGCGAAGCCUUCACUGCGGUCAACUAUCAUAACAAAUGUCCAACAUUCUAUGAUGAAAUCAAAUUUGCACUACCAGCGAAUAUUAAACAAAAUCAUCAUCUCUUCUUUACGCUCUACCAUGUUUCGUGUCAAAAGAAACCGCAAGAGGUGCAACCCUCUGUUGAAACGCCCGUUGGUUACACGUGGCUGCCUCUGCUGCAGGAUGGCAAAUUGAAAGUGGGCGAAUUUCAAUUGCCUGUCAUGGUGGAAACACCACCAGAGAAUUAUUCAUUCAUACCACCGAAUGUACACUUACCCGGCACUAAAUGGCUGGAUAACCAUCGUCCCGUCUUUACGAUAACAGUGGAUGCUGUUACGGCAGUACACACAUUGGAUCCACACUUGGACGGUUUCUUUCUCACAUGCGAUUAUUUGGAUUCACGCAAAAUACCGCCACGCAUUGGUGAGGGCAAUAUGGAGAAUGAAAUGAAAAAAGCACUGCUGGAGAUUGCUAGUGCUGAGCGUGAACCAUUGGUGAAGAAUCUGCAUUUGGUUUUGGAUAAAUUAAUAGAGCUUUUAGUGACGGCCUAUAAAAUUGGCGGUCAACCAAUUUCACUAGGUUCGACCGUCUUCGAAAUGCUUUGUAUGGUGUCGGCAAAUCUCUCGAUACUAAACGAUGACUUGGUGGUGGAUCAGUAUGGCCGUCAGGCUUUACUCUCCACCUACGUACAGUUCCAAUGCCGCAUACCACAUCCAUUUGGUGGCAAGCGACGCAUAACUUACAGUCGCAGUAAUGCCGAAGAGAUAUCGGCUAAUGCCGCCGAAACAUACAGUCUCUACGAAAAUGUAUCCAUUGGACGCAGUUUGGAUCGCAAAGAGCACACGCUAGAAUUGUCGCCCACAUUUAGUAGUCGCGAUGGUCAAAUCCGCUUGCUACAUGAAGAAUUGGCAUUACAUUGGGUCGUGGCCAGCGGCAAAGCAACCGAACUGGCAAUGUCCAAUUCGUGGUUUCUCUUCGAAUUGAUUGUCAAAUCCAUGAUUGAGCAUUUAGAUUACAGCAGCGCUUUGACUGCACCACGCAAACAACGUUUCCCGCACCAAUUUACCGAUGACAUUUCGACACUUGUGCAUUUGGUAACCACUAAAGUGGUGGGCUAUCACAGUGAGGAACCGAAGUUGGCGCAAUCGCUAAAUGCCAGCUUGGGUUUCUUCAUAUUCGAUCUGUUUAGCAUAAUGGAUCGCGGUUUUGUGUUUGGUCUCAUCAAAACUUAUUAUAAAGUCUUGAUAUCGAAGAAUGCCUCCAUACCGGACUUAAUGAAUUACAAAAUCGACUUUUUACGCAUAGUAUGCAGUCAUGAGCACUUUGUGGCAUUGAAUUUGCCUUUCGGCACGCCCUACACCACUGUAUCAGCGCCCUGCAGUCCAACGCCGAGCACCACGUCGAGCAAUAGUCAAACUUCUUAUAGUUCCAUGGAGCGCGCUUUGCACGCGGAUUUGAGCGCCGAUUUUCGUCAACAACAUUUUCUUGUCGGUUUGGUUUUGAGCGAUUUGGCGACAGUUCUUGAAGUGCCCAAUCCCCAGCUGCACGGUAAAGCCAUACGUUGCAUACGCAAUCUGAUGACGUCACACGAUUUAGAUCCACGCUACAGUGAAGUGGAGGCGCGUGCACGUGUAGCUUCGCUAUAUUUGCCCCUACUGGGCGUCGUCAUGGAUGUUAUACCACAACUACACGCAUAUCUCACUGAUACAAACGAUCGUCUGCAAAGCAUGGGUUUAUUGGAGGACUAUCAGGGUCCCCACCAAAGUCUUUCCACAUCCACAAUUAACACCGAUUUCAAUUACGCUAACUCUGGCAAUCGCACCUAUAACUAUCUCAAUGAGCAGAUAAAAAAUAAAUCUCAGUUGAGUAGCGAAAACACACGACAUUUGCUCGCUUGUUGCAUCUGGGUUCUGAAGAAUCUGGAACGUAGCGUCUUAUAUCGCUGGUUGCUCGGUCUCAAUCCGCAUCGGGUGCAUCAAAUGCUGCAGUUAUUAAACACCUGUAUACCUUGCUUCGAGUAUAAAGGUCAAAAGCGUUUGCCAUCACUCAAACGUAAUACGCAGAGUUUUCGUAAACCGACCGACCUUAAGGAAAAACUGGAGGAAUGCAUACGUGGCACGAAUUCGGCGCGUUAUGAUCUCAUCAACAGACGUAAAGAUCGCAAUUCGACGGAGAAAUUUCGUUGGCGCAAAGAUCAGAUGCCAUAUCGCUCGCAAUUCUAUGACAACGCCACCAAAGCGGACCCCGAACUCGAACUGAAUCAUUUUAUCGAAGGCUCACUGGCCACCGAGAUCGCAUUGAUUAUUUUGGAUGCUUUGGAAAUCAUUGUACAAGUUGCCACCAACUCGGAAAUGCACCACAAUCUCUUGGGUACAGUGUUGAAAGUGAUGCUCCAUGCGUUGUCGCGUAAUCAAAGCACAUUAUCGCUACAAAAUCUGUUCGCCUCUCAACGUUCAUUGAUUUUCAAAUUCCCCAAUUUACUGUUCGACGAAGAGACGGACAUCUGUGCAGAUCUAUGUUUCUUACUAUUGAAGCAUUGCGGGUCAUUGCUGCCGGCUAUACGCUCACAGGCUUCGGCAUCACUGUACUUGCUCAUGCGGCAGAACUUCGAGAUCGGAAAUAACUUUGCCCGCGUUAAAAUGCAAGUGACUAUGUCGCUCAGCUCGCUGGUCGGUACUAGCCCUGCAUUCAGCGAGCAAUCUUUACGUCGCGCGCUGAAAACUGUACUCGUCUACGCCGAAUCCGAUCAGGAUCUACAAGAAACUUCGUUUCCCGAACAAGUUCAAGAUCUUCUCUUCAAUUUGCACAUGAUACUUUCCGAUACCGUUAAAAUGAAAGAGUACCAAGAGGAUCCUGAAAUGCUGCUCGAUCUCAUGCAUCGCAUUGCCAAAGGUUAUCAAAACAAUCCAGACUUACGGCUCACCUGGUUGGAGAAUAUGGCGAAGAAACAUCGUGAGCGCGCCAAUCACACCGAAGCAGCCAUGUGCUAUGUACAUUCGGCGGCGCUGGUUGCUGAAUAUCUCAGUAUGUUGGAGUCGCAAACGCACUUACCCGUUGGCGCCGUUAGCUUUCAACGUGUCACACCAAAUGCGCUCAUGGAGUCAGCCGUUUCAGAUGAUGUACUAAGUCCUGGCGAAGAUGGCAUUUGUUUGGGCAAUCAUUUUACCGAAAGUGGACUGAAAGUGUUGCUGGAAGAAGCAUCGAAUUCAUUCCAAAUCGCUGGCAUGUACGAGGCCAUGAAUGAGGUGUAUAAAAUUUUAACACCCAUUUGUGAGGCGAAUCGAGAUUUUCAGAAAUUGGGCAAAAUUCAUGGUAAACUUCAAGAGGCCUUCAAUCGCAUCGCACAACUGCAGGGAAAACGUGUAUUUGGCACGUACUUCCGUGUGGGGUUCUAUGGCACGAAAUUCGGUGAUUUGGAUCAGCAAGAAUUCAUUUACAAGGAACCAACGCUAACUAAAUUACCAGAAAUAUUUAGUCGCUUGCAGAAUUUUUAUGCCGAUCGUUUUGGCCCUGACUCAGUCCACAUAAUCAAAGACUCUAAUUCUGUGGACAUUAAUUCAUUGGAUCCCGAAAAGGCUUACAUACAGAUAACCUACGUGGAACCGUACUUCGAAACUUAUGAGCUGCGUCAUCGUGAAACCUACUUCGAGCGUAAUUUCAAUAUAAAACGUUUUAUAUUCGCCACGCCAUUUACCAAAUCCGGCAAAGCCCAUGGCGACCUACACGAGCAGUGCAAACGUAAAACCAUACUAACCACAGCCAAUCACUUUCCCUACGUAAAGACACGGAUACAAGUGAUCGCGCGACAACAAAUCAUACUGGAACCAAUUGAAGUGGCUAUAGAGGACAUACACAAGAAGACUGCUGAACUUGCAGCAGCUACCAAUCAAGAACCGGCCGAUCCGAAAAUAUUACAAAUGGUUUUGCAAGGUUGCAUCGGCACCACAGUCAAUCAGGGACCUAUGGAAAUGGCUACAGUUUUUCUCGCGAAUCUUUCUGAUGGCGUAACGGUACCAACCAAACAUCAAAAUAAGCUGAGACUUUGUUUCCGUGAAUUCUCCAAACGUUGUGCCGACGCAUUGAAGAAGAAUCGUAAUUUAAUAUCGAGCGAUCAAAAGGACUAUCAGCGAGAAUUGGAACGAAAUCAUGAGCGUUUUGUGGAGCGUUUAACACCAUUGAUAACGCUAACGGCCGCACAGGCGCAGGGAGUUGUGAAAGCCAAUGCUAACAUCUAUAAAAGUACACCCUUAAAAUGUGUUGCGGAUUAUUUUAAGUAAUACCGUUUUUACUAAAUAUAUAAACCGCAUCUUUAUGAAUUAAGUAUUAGUACAAUAGUAUUAAGUUUUGAUUUUGAACUGAGUUUUUUCGAAUUUAACACAUAAAUAUGUGAAUCAGCUGUACUUGAGACUUAAUGGUUUGAAUUAAUUUGAAGGCACUUUAACCGUCAUUCUAAUGACGUUCACUUUCAUCUUUGGUUUCAAAUUUAAAGAGUUGAUACUUUCAUAAGUUCUUUUUUAUAACAUUUGUUAACAUUUUAUUUUUAA